AUGUUGAUCUACAAGGCCAUUGACAGUGUCUUUAGGACCGCCGUCUUCCUCUCGUGCAUUAAUUCAGACAUUGGUACAAACUCUGUUAGAAACAUUGUCCAUGGUAGAGAUGGGCGAAGCCAUCCGAAAGAGGUUGCAAACAUAAUUAAGUCCAAUCACCUCGAGAAGUUCUGCUCCUCCUGGCUUGGAGGCAAUGCGAUGACCACGACCAUCACCAAGACUGAAAUAGACACCAAGAAACAGCACACAACGGUAACUGUGGGGCAAGUAUCGACGGUCACGAAAGGGGCGACCACGGUCACCACCGGUGUGACCGCUACGCAGGGGCCGGGAACGGCGGUCAUCAAGACAGGUUAUGUCACAAACACUGUGACCAACCUCUCUACGGAUCUUGUUGUGAUUACCAGCCACAUACCGGCGGGCACGGAGACUGUUACUACGACGGUAGCGACUAGCACGGUGACGAGUGAUGUUGGCGUUGUAACAUCUCUCGAAACCGCGACGUCCGUUAUUGUGAGUGUCACAAUACCCACCACGACAAUCACCGCAACCUUCGGGACGCCUACAGUAACCGUUGCCCGGCGUGACAGCGGCUCAGCGAAGCGAGGGCGCCGCAACAAAGUCCCUGACUGCCUCGAAUACGUGCCAGACAACCUUAUCUCUGCCGGAUGCUCUCUUGCCUAUGGCCCAGUCAAGACUGUCGUCGAAACCGUUACAAACAACCUCCACGGUCUUUGGGACCGUCUCCACUACAAGCAUUACGCUCGUUCCAUCAGCACCGUCCUCUCCACAAGCACGCUCCUCACCACAACCACCGUGACCACCUCCACCAUAUCCACCGCCCCAGUCGCAACCUACAUCGCCUGCCCCGGCCAGAACCGUGUGCCUGGCGCCUUCGGAAUAGGUGUCAACGCCGGCAGCGGCAUUAUCGACGUACCCGGCUCUGUCACCGCGGAGGAGUGCUGCCUACAGUGCUAUGAUCCAGCCCGGGUUCAACGUUGCUCGGCCUGGCUUUUCCCUACGGUACAACUUUUCCGGUGUGAGGUGCCUAAUUCAUCCGAUUCGGGAGUGUAG